AUGAGCCAACGAGGUAUAUUUAUAUCGUCGGAGGAGGAUCGGUUGCGUCGACAUAUUGAAAAUCUGAACGAGGGUACAGAUUACGAUUCAGAAUAUGCCAAUCAUCCACCGCCAACAGAUUCCGAGAUUGAACCAGAGAUUGCCCUAACUUCGGGGCGAAACUAUAUCGACAGCCUGGACGACCCUGCUCCAGAGUAUCUGACCGAGGAACCGGAGAACUCGGUCCAGGGGAACCUGAUUAUAAGCCAACAUUCCCAUCGAAACUGGUUUAUAAAUAUGGAGACUCAAACUGUAAAUGCCAAUGCAACUUCAAUCACAAAUUCAAACUCAAACUCUCGUCUUAGACUAUCCAAUCACUCUUACAACAAUUCGGCAUCUUCCUCGAAUCUAAGGAAUGACUUGGUGGGAGGGAAUCUAGUGAACAACAGAGACUCAACUGCUAGUGUUGAUUUAUAUUAUACUCGAAACAAAUUGAAGUUGUAUGGGUUGAAAAGAUUAUCUGUUACACAACGAAUAAUUGUUUCGAUUUGCAGAGAUCUACCGCUAUAUUCGAUACUGAUCAAUCUAUGUUUCCUCCUUUCGAGCUGGUACAAGCUCAUGAAGAAUCCAUAUGGCAACCUCACAACAGUUAGGGCAACUGAAUUUUUCCUUGCAUCGUUGUGGUGUCUUGUCAGUUGUGUGCUCUCCUUCAAUAUUGUCGACGGAAUGAUGGUCCGCUGGAUGUUAAUAUACGAUAUUCAGGCAGUUAUUAUUCGAAUACUAAGUAUGAGCUUGAUCAUCAUACUCAUAAUUGAGAUGAUGAAUUAUACGUUUAACAACUCAGACAACGAAUUCUGUCUAACUGUAUGGAUCCUAAUAUCGUGUGUUUUAACGUUUAUAUUCAUUGUCCAGUGUUUUUGGAGCAACAACCUGAUAAUUGAAGACCAGUUGAAGAGGAAGAGGAUGAGGAACCUCGAAAGUAGAAGUCUCUCCAACCACAACAUCAAUGGCGAUAGAUUUGGUAUUGGUCACAACGACAAUAGUAAUGCCGGUGUUCAGUCGGCUUCUCAUACCAAUACAGGCACACAGUCCCAUCAGAGUGUUCCACCAAAUGACGACUCCAAGGUGGAGUACAAGAGAAGAGUCGAUUUCUACAAUCUCGUAGUCUAUGCCGUUGUUCCUAUUGGCGUGGCCAGUUUCAUCUCCACCAUUGGCUUGGUAAGGCUUCUACUCAUACUUCGGCUCGAUAUCGGGAUGGAAAUCACCCGAAUACAGCAGGGUGGGUAG